CAACCACCAAUAAAAAUCAAUAAGAAGAAGAAGAAGAAGAAGAAGAAGAAUCGGGGGAGGAUGACGACAACCGGAAAUCGCCAUUUUCCAGUUGAGCAGUAACGGAAGAAAGCUCGAGAAACAGCUACAAAGGUACGCCAAGAUGGGGAACUUUUCCAGCCUCUUUAAGGGACUGUUUGGAAAGAAAGAAAUGCGAAUUCUGAUGGUCGGACUAGAUGCUGCCGGUAAGACCACCAUCCUGUACAAGCUCAAACUGGGAGAAAUCGUUACCACCAUUCCUACCAUCGGUUUUAAUGUUGAGACUGUAGAAUUCAAGAAUAUCAGUUUUACGGUUUGGGAUGUUGGUGGCCAGGACAAGAUCCGGCCCCUCUGGAGGCAUUAUUUCCAGAACACACAAGGCCUUAUCUUUGUAGUGGACAGCAAUGACAGGGAGCGAGUGGGUGAAGCAAAGGAGGAGCUGAUGCGAAUGCUGGCAGAAGAUGAACUGAGGGAUGCCGUGCUCCUUGUGUUUGCUAAUAAACAGGAUUUGCCAAACGCCAUGAACGCAGCUGAGAUCACUGACAAGCUGAGCCUUCACUCUCUCCGUCACCGCAACUGGUACAUCCAGGCCACAUGCGCUACCAGUGGAGAUGGGCUGUACGAGGGUCUGGACUGGCUUUCGAGCCAGCUAAGGAACGCAAAGUGAUCCAUUGUGCCGCGUCUCCAUCUGCCAGCUCUGCCUGCAGUGUUUCUGGGAGGCUGCACAUGGCCUAGAUGUACUUCUUUAUUCUCCUCUUUCCUCAGUUUCCUUUAAUUUUUAAAUUUUUUUUUUUUUGGAGCUUUGGCCAGUGUGCCCCGACAUCAGUGUACUGUAUGUGCGUGUUUGUAUAAGUAUUUUUGAGUGAAUGAAUGAAUGUGCGGAAGUGGCAGCAGUACUGCUGUGCCUUGAACACAGUUAGCUCUCAGUCACUUCUCAUUCCUCCAGUGCCAGCACACCCAAAGGCUGCUGGUAUCUGUAAAGCAAAAAGCAAUGCACGAUGCUGAGUGCUCUGUCCUCGUAAAAAGAAUGUCUAAGAAAAAAACCCAAAAGGUAAUAAUUCAGUUUUUUAUUUGCUGGGAGCUUUUUCAACAUGAGUUUAUUUACCUAGAAAAAGAUGCUGUCAUCUUAACAACCUAGAACAGUUGAGGAUGAAAACAAAUUUUAAAUGUUGCUAUAUAUUUAAGAUCAAAGACAUAAAAGCACGAAACAACCGUUUAGUUUUAUCUUUUAACUUCAUAGUUUGCAGGUUUCUAGUGAUCAGAAUGUAAAUGUAUUCAGUGCCAAUUUAUGUGAGAAUGUUCCAAUGGCGGAAACUUCUUCCAUUCAGUUCAGACACGUGUCUGAUAUUAAGUAUUUCUUUUUGGCCUUGUUUGUCUUUUGAUUAAAUCGUAUUUGUUCCGCGUAAAAGAUCCACUGCGACUGGAUCUGGUGACGGCAAUAAAUGUUGCAGCGCAUGUUUACAUAUCUGGAGGAGUGUUAACUAUUGCAUGGUUUGUAACCUUAAGGCUUGUGUGGGUUUCAGCUCCACAAAGCCAACUGCUAUGACAACUUGCUCCCACUCUGGCUCUUUAUUUAGAAGUAGAUUUCAUUUGCUCUUGUAAGUACAGUAGUUCAUUGGUUAGGGUCUGAUGAUUUUAGCUAUUUUAUUGUUACUGUUUUUUUCCCCCAUGUAUUUCCUAGUUUAUCUUAGUCUGAGCUGCCGGGUGUGCUGUCCUUUUGAGUAUAACGCUCUCGGGACCAAGUUAGUUGCAGAAUAGUCUCAUUAUAUUCUGUUUUGGAUGUGUCUGCAUUAGGAGGUUUGCAAGUUCCUUUUUUUUCUGUUUUCGUUAUUACUGUGUUAGAUGGUACAUGUUGAAUAGGAAGUGUAUAAAUCAGCCUUACAAAUACAUAUUUAGUGCUUCAAGCUUCUUGCUUCAGGGCAGAGUUACUUCCUCUGUUCAUUUACAAGAAAUGAUUUGACCGUAUUUUACAGCCACAUCAGCUUGCAUAAUACGGACUUGUGUGAUGACAGCUGUUUUAUCUCUCAGCCAUGGCAGUGAACUCACAUGCAGUAACACUCUCCAUUGCUCUACACCAGCAGAUAGUUGAAUGUGCCAGUUAGUUUAACCAGAGUAGUCACUCCAAUUUGCUCCAAUGUCCUCUGCUAUGAGAAAUAAAAUCAAUCUUGAACAGUACACACUGAGUGAAGAUGACUGCACAGUUAUGUUACACUGACCUCAGAAGGGAGCUUCAGGUUUCGUUUUUUUACGACUGAAUAUUUCAAUGUUUUGGGAUUAUUAUUAUUUUUUUUUUACGUUGUAAUAUCUUUGUACUUGCGUCGCAGUAUAUCUUACAAUGGUUUAGUCAAGUUGAAAAUGGAAAGAAUUUGAAAUUAUAAUAAACUGUUAUUAAACUGUUAACUUGAUGUCUUUUAUCAUCUAUUUUGGUCAGAUGUGAAGCUUUAAUUUGCAGUAUCAUUUCUGUACAAAAGACUUGUGUUCAUAUUUCUUUCUCAUUUUUAUGCUUUUUUUAAAAUAAAAAAAACAAACUUGUCCUGUAAUACCGAAUAAAUGCACUAUAAUAAAGAGAAUCUCUAUUGUA